CACGUGAGCUACAUCAUGUACGGCGUCCUGCGUGGUCUCAAAUACAUUCACUCUGCCGGUGUCAUUCACCGUGAUAUCACGCCCAGCAACAUCAUUCUCGACACGAACUUGACGGCCAAGAUCACCAACUUCAACCUGGCCCGCCCCAUGGAGCCCAACGGCCAAAAGACAGGCUACGUCACAACCCGGUACUAUCGAGCGCCCGAAGUCCUCUUCACUUGGCAAGCCUACUCAACUGCCCUCGACAUGUGGAGUGCUGGUUGCAUUUUGGGCGAAAUCUUGAACUGCAUUCAAGGCAACGUCACCAAAACCUUUCGCGACGACAACGGCAACGAGUUUCCCUGCUACGCCCUCUUCCCGGCAGACUCACACGUUGAUCACCUGGUCAGCAUCAUCAAAGUGCUGGGACCACCGCCCCCGUCGGUCCUCCACACCAUUUCAGACGCCACCCUUCGCAUGUUUAUCGAGUCCAAGCUGGAAGGCCAAACCUCAACCAUCUGGUCCUACUUUGAGGCGUGUGGGGACAUGCAUGCCAAGUCACUGCUCAACGGCCUGCUCAGCUUUGAUCCUUUUGUGCGGCUCUCAGCCCCAACCGCCCUGACACACCCCUACUUUGCCAGCUAUCAUGAUCCCCAAGAUGAGCCAACCCGCACACCGAUAGACCGCAGCUUUGAAUCUCGCCCCUUCACGCUACCCGAGUGGCAAGCCUGCUUUGCUGCCGUACGUACCUAG